AUGUCUGCUGAGACUGAGACCAAAGGUUUGGUCCUUGAGAAUACCGCUCGUAGAGAUGUGUUGAUCGCUAUUGAAAAGAAGUAUCAAAAGCUAUGGGCGGAAGAACAUUUGUUCGAAAUUGAUGCGCCAUCUAUCGAAGAAGAAAGCGUGAGUGUGGACUGCGAGGAACUACAGCAAAAGUACCCAAAGUUCAUGUCCUCGCUUGCUUUCCCUUACACAAAUGGUGUUCUGCACGCUGGACAUAUGUUCACGCUUUCUAAAGUGGAGUUUUCUGUGGGGUUCGAGAGAAUGAAAGGCAAAAGAGCCUUGUUCCCACUGGGUUUCCACUGCACUGGUAUGCCUAUUCUGGCCUGCGCUGACAAGCUUAAAAGAGAAAUUGAGCUUUUUGGCCCGGACUUUUCCAAGGCACCAGCUGAAGACGAAGAACAAGCAGAUGCGCCACAGCAAGCCAAGGCAGAAUCCGAAGACGUCACCAAGUUCAAGGCCAAGAAGUCCAAGGCUGUUGCCAAACAAGGUCGCGGUAAAUUCCAGUUCGAAAUUAUGUUGCAACUUGGUAUCCCCAAAGAAGAAGUGAUCAAAUUUGCUGAUCCACAGCACUGGCUAGUGCAUUUCCCACCUCUCUGCCAGGAAGAUUGUACAGCUAUGGGUGCUCGUAUUGAUUGGAGGCGUGCGUUCACUACCACUGAUUUGAACCCGUACUUUGAUGCUUUCGUUAGAUGGCAAAUCACCAGGCUCAGAGAACUUGGCAAAAUUAAGUUUGGUGAGCGUUACACGGUUUACUCCGAAAAAGACGGUCAGGCCUGUAUGGAUCACGACAGACAAUCUGGUGAGGGUGUAACACCUCAAGAAUAUGUUGGUAUCAAAAUCGAGGUUCUGGAGUUCGCGGAAGGCGCUCAAAAGAUCAUUGAUUCCUCUGCCGGCAUCGACAAAUCUAAAAAGUUUUACUUCGUGGCGGCGACUUUGAGACCUGAGACCAUGUACGGUCAAACUUGUUGUUUCGUUUCUCCAAAGAUCGAGUACGGUAUCUUCGACGCCGGCGAUUCAUACUACAUCACAACACAGAGGGCUUUCAAGAACAUGUCAUACCAAAAGCUAACACCUACCAGAGGCCAAUACAAAUCUGUGGCAUCGAUCGUUGGUAAAGAUUUUAUCGGAUCUGCGAUUCACGCUCCUCUAUCCGCGUACGACGUUCUUAGGAUCUUGCCAAUGGAAACUGUCAUUGCCACGAAGGGUACCGGAGUCGUCACCUGUGUUCCGUCCAACUCUCCUGAUGACUUCAUGACAACAAGAGACCUGCAGAACAAAGCUGAGUACUAUGGAAUAGAUGCUGAGUGGGUUAAGCACGAGCCGGUGGCAAUUAUCCGCACUGAGAAGUAUGGUGAUGUGACCGCGAAAGCUAUCUGUGAAGAACUCAAGAUCAAAUCGCCAAAAGACACUGUUCUACUAGCUGAGGCCAAAAAAAUUGCAUACAAGGAAGACUACUAUAACGGUACCAUGAUCUAUGGUAAGUACAAGGGUGAAAAGGUGGAAGAUGCUAAGAACAAAUUGAAAGCCGAUUUGAUUGCGGCUAAACAAGCCUUUGUUUACAACGAGCCUGAGGGACUGGUCAUUUCUCGUUCCGGCGACGACUGUAUCGUUUCUCUGGAAGAUCAGUGGUACGUUGACUAUGGUGAGGAGACGUGGAAAAACCAAGCUCUCGACUGUCUAGAGAGCAUGGAGCUUUUCUCUCCAGAGGUAAGGAACGCUUUCGAAGGCUGUUUGGACUGGCUAAAGAACUGGGCUGUUUCCCGUACUUACGGUCUGGGUACCAGACUGCCUUGGGAUGAAAAGUACCUGGUAGAGUCUUUGUCUGACUCCACCAUGUACCAAGCCUUCUACACCAUCUCUCACUUACUCUUCAAGGACUAUUACGGUAAAGAAAUUGGCCCAUUGGGUAUUAAACCCGAGCAAAUGACACCUGCGGUAUACGAUUACAUUUUCCAACAUACCGAUGAGAUUGAAUCUGACAUUCCUCUUGAAAGCUUGCAAAAGUUGAGAAGAGAGUUUGAGUACUUUUAUCCUUUGGACGUCUCCAUUUCCGGUAAGGACUUGAUCACCAAUCAUUUGACCUUCUUCAUCUACACUCAUGUGGCCAUGUUCCCUAAGAAGUUCUGGCCAAGAGGUGUGAGAGCGAACGGACACUUGAUGUUGAACAACGCCAAGAUGUCCAAGUCCACUGGUAACUUUAUGACCAUGCAACAAAUUGUCGAGAAGUUUGGUGCUGACGCUUCUCGUAUUGCUUUGGCUGAUGCCGGUGAUACUGUGGAAGACGCGAAUUUGGACGAGACAAACGCCAAUGCGGCCAUUUUGAGAUUGUUUAACUUGAAAGAAUGGGCUGAUGAGGUGCUUCAAAACCUUUCGUCUUUCCGCUCCGGUGAAAUUACUGAGUUCUUCGAUGUUUCGUUCGAGAAUGAAAUGAACUACUUGAUCGAGGAAACUUUCAAGCAGUACGACUUGACCAAUUACAAGGCUGCGCUGAAGGUCGGUCUAUUCGACUUGCAAACGUCCAGGGAUUAUUACCGUGAAUCUUGCGAGACAAUGCACAAAGAUCUAGUGCUUCGUUAUAUCGAGCUGCAAGCUUUAGUCUUGAAUCCUAUUGCGCCUCACUUUGCUGAAUACAUUUGGCGUGAAGUUUUGGGUAACAAGACUUCUGUUCAGCUUGCGAAAUUUCCUCGUGCGUCCAAACCUGUCGAUCAUGGCGCCUUGUCGGCUUUAGAAUACUUAAGAGACCUACAAAGAAGAAUUAGAGAAUCUGAGGGUCAAGCUUUGAAGAAGAAAAAGGGCAAGGGCGCUGACGUUGACAUUGCCAAGCCAGCUAAGAUGGUCAUGCUCCUUUCGGAAAGUUUCCCAGACUGGCAAGUCCAGUACAUUGAGCUAGUUCGUAAUCUAUUUGAGGCUCAAGAGCUAAACGACAACAAGAAGAUCAAAGAAGCCGUGAACCCUAAAGAUAUGAAGCGUGCCAUGCCUUUCAUAUCCAUGCUAAAGCAGCGUCUUGCAACUGAGCCUGUGGAAACUGUUUUCAACAGAGAAUUAUCAUUCGACGAAGUUGCUGUUGUCAAAUCCACAAUGAACAGCUUGAAGAAAUGUUGCCAGGCUAUCAAAUGUGAAAAAUUCCAGUUCAUCUCGUUCCCAUGCGGUGCUAAGACUGGUAAAGACAUUUUCACAGGAGAAGAAGUAGAAUUGAAUUUUUCUGCUAAGGCUUUGGAAAACGCUCUUCCUGGAACCCCCAGCAUCAUCAUCUCUAAUAUCUAA